AUGAGAAAAGACUAUGUUCUGGAGGUCAAGAGCUCCGACACCAAGUGUCCCGACGUGAUAUACCAGGACGACCGCAAGCAGCCGAAAGACACGGACGCCAGCGAGACCAAGCCGCAAAAGUACAUCAAGUUCACGGUGCGGCCGGCGCGACAGCGGGACGGGACCUUGACUCUUGUGGUGCAGCUCGUAGUGCUGGCUACUGCAGUUUGUGCGAUGUAUGUUGCCGUUUGCAACGGGCAGAUACUGGAGAGGAUACUACGACAGGCGCAACUUGGGACAACCAGCGUGGACGACGUUUGGACUGCGCGAACGGCGCGAGCGUUUGUGUUUCUCGCCUGCUACCACAUAGUGAACUGGGGAUACGGCUCGCUGCUGGCGCAGACGGAAGAGAGCCUGAUACUUAUUCCGAAUCUGGGCGUGCAGAGCGAGUCGUACCGGGUGCGAAAAAGCGGGCUUGCAUUGGUGCGACUGCUGCUUGGCAGGGUAUUGGGGAAAUCGGAAUUAAGCAGACCUGUGCACACAGCAAAGACGCUCAACAAACAGUUUUUCCCGAUGGAGGACGUGCAUGAUCUGGCAAUAGUGGAGGGAUUCAUGAACUUCCAGGUCAUUUUUUACCUGGCUCUCGUGGUCGGGGAGGGCCCGCAGGACGACCAGUUACAAAUGGUGGUGAUUUUCCCAAAUCUGCUACCCAGGAAAAAGCUGCUGCAGGCUGUCUGGCGCAGAAGCAGAGCAUACCUGGACGGUCCGUAA